UGGCCGUGGAGAGUCUUCCCCAAUCGCGCGGCCUUUCCCAAAUCCUCUCCGGUCAGCCCCCCCCUAUUCCGUAUGAUAUUCAUCGGCGGAUUACCGUUCUCCACUAGUUCCGAUGGCUCAUCUUCGUCUCAGGGAAACGGUAUCUUGAUGGCCUUAAUGAAUCAUCCUGCUUUGAUGUCUGCAUCUUGUUCAUUUAGUGCCAUUCUGGAGAGAAAAUUUUCUCUUUCCAAUAAUUCUCAUUUGGUGGGAACAAGACAUAUAAAAUGGGUCUAUGUUUUCCAAAGAGAAUAUGCAACUAUCAACCCUUCACUUGUUGAUUCUAACAUUUUCUUGUUGCCACGAGGAAGAUGGUUGGCACUGACGAGGCGACGACGUGCGUAGGUCUUGUCAUACGAAACCCUGAAAGUGGAAUGAUCUCUGUUGCCCAUGUAGAUUCCCCAGAUAUUGUUGAAAUUGGCAUAACCCAGAUGCUCUCCUCCAUUGUUGAUAGCAAAUAUGCCAUCUUGGAUGUGCAUCUAGUUGGUGGUUUUAAUGAUGUCUCACAUCAAGUCAGCGCCAAUUUCUCUAAUUGUGUGUUUAAAGUUUUCAUUAGAUGAGACAGACAUGAAGGCAACAUCAUGAUGCUGAUGUAAUAUGUUGGGCAUUUUUGCAGCCUGAAAGUGGUGUUAGAGAAGAUAAUGAAAAGUGGGAGGGAUAUUCCUUUCCUAUAUGCUCCAAGAUAGUUGACAUUCUGGGGAAGAAUACCAAUAGUUUCAAUAUUCUAACUCUGCAUGUCCUUGAUUAUAACACAAUAAAGGAUUCAGAAGGAAAUGCACGACCAAUGUUCCACGGUUUCCUGGUAAUCUGAAUAUGUAAGGGCGGUGAAUCUCUGCUAGUUUCACUCUUUCACCAUGGAUCUGCUCAUAUGUCUUUGCUAGGUGGAAACUGCCACUGGGUCAAUAUUUCCAGCAACCUUUGAUGGAACUACUAGAUGUCCAGAUGAACUCAUUAGGAGAAUUCGAGUGACAUCUUCAUUUGAGGACCCCAGUUGGAGAGGUAGACUGUUAGAGACAUAUGACACUAAGUCGGACCAAUUCAUUAUUGCUCCUUGCACUUGGUCCACGCGUCAGAAAAAGAUUGCUCAGUGGCUGCAAAGUCUAUCUGCUUCAGAAAUCCUUCGCAUCUGUUCCACUUCACCUUCUGCCGAGCCUCCUGACUUUGUUGAUAAUUUAAGAAGGCAAUGGGACUAUUUGAUCAAACACCCGGAUUGGCGAGAAACAUUCCCAGCUAAACACCCCCGAAUAUUUGUGAGAACAGCUGAUGGGGGUUGGGACAGGCAUCACCCCGCGAGACAAAAUGGUCAUAUUCGUGCAGCCAAGUGAGCGCUUCGUUUUCACGCCGUUUCAGAAUCAUAUGUAUUGUUGUGCCAAUCUAAUCAUCCAAUUUCACACCCAAUGUUGCUGUGAAUUUCUCCGAUCCAACACGACCGGUUUAAUCAACACGGGUCCAUGUAGAGCGAAAAUUGUGGGAAUUUUCAGGUGGGAUAAAAGCUCAACUCCAUCUUUACCUAGUGUUCUAACAUUAGAAAGUUGGAAGAGGGAGGUUUCUAGUUCAUGAAAGAUCUAGGAUAAAAUGUUGUUGAGGGU